UAUGUCCACCACGUCUGUCCGUUGCUCCGCACCCCGCUACUCCGAGACCCGCGCAGGCCCCGCAGCAACCGUGCUGCCUUGUCCAGUCGCUUCACCAUCACGCCUCGAAGGCCCUACCCGAUCCAGCAGGCGCGGUACUCCAUGGUGGGGGUGCUGCCCACUGUGUGCUGGGAUGGCGGCCGCCAGAAGGUCAUGCUGUCUCCCCGGAAUUCCAGGAUGGUGUGCAGCCUGGGGACCGUGCGGUUUCCUGCUCCCCGCAAGCGUCCGCGUCCUCCAGGGCCGGAGCAGAUGCUCAGCUCUGCCAGCCUUUGUACCAGUGCUGGGCCAGACCCUGAAGCAAAGGAGAUGACACCGAGUGCCCUCGAAGAUGAGAGGAAAAGGACAGUGAAAGAGGAGGGCGAAAUACUCGGUGAUGACCAGGAAAACAAGAGAAAGCGCCAUGAUGGCCUUGGGAGCAGAAAGGCUGCACCUGAAUCCUUGCAGGCCAACGGAGACUCAGCUUCGUUUGUGCCUGAGCCUGAGUCCCUAAUGACAGGCCUCAUUUCCCACAAUUCAGACGACCACAAGAGCAAGCAGUUGUGCACCUCAUCUGUGACAAGCACGCACACAGGUGGCAUCCCUUGCUUUAGCCAAAACGCCAUCACCAGUUCCUACAGCUCUACUGGAGGCAUUUCACAGCUGUGGAAGAGGAGGGCUCCCACUGCAUCCCCAUUCUCUAGCCAAGCCUCUUCCAGCUCCCAGACAUCAGAGAGACCAGCCAAGAAAGCAAGAGAAGAGGUACUGCAUCAUCGAGCCAAUUCUAAAGCUCCACAGGUGACCCACAAGGAGUCCCAGGAAGAAAGGGCUUCAAAUGUGACCACAGGGACACAAAAGGACUCCAGGACUUCCCCAUCCACACCUGCCAGCUUCAGGAGCCGUAGAAGGAAGACUCAGCUACUGCUCUGCAGGUCAGGGGACCCGCUGACCUUGCCACCACCUCCCCAGCUCAGCUAUCCCAUCACUGCUGAAGACCUGGACCUGGAGAGGAAGGCAAGGUUCCAGUGGUUUAACAAGGCCUUGGAGGACAAGACUGAUGCUCUCUCCAGCUCUGUUCCUGAGAAGUCACCUGCCACUCAGCCCUCCUUCACAUUUACCCUGCCUGCAGCCAGUCCUGCUUCCUCGCUGGCUUCCCUCCAGGCCCCUGGUUCGAAACUGCUGCUGGAGACCUGCAACAAGAUGGAGAACCCUGGGGACCAACCAAUCUCCCCAGAGCCUGAUGCAACAGCCACCACUUUGGCCCCAAUACCCCCCAAAACACCUGGCCUUCAGGACCCUCUGGGCUCUUCCCUGCCAGGCACCUCUUCUGUGGCUCUCCUACGGCUGCCCCCUGCUUCCACCAUGACUCCAGUCAUGAACACCAAGUCACUUCCAGCCCCUCAGGCUGAGACCUCUGCAAAAGCUCAAGGCCCCCUGGACUUCGCCCCCACCCUGAAGCCAGGAGAAGACACUCCAGGAGUGUCGAGGAAGGAAGGCCACACCUGGAGGCUCCUCCAGUUCCACCCUCCUGGCUACCACUGGUACCACCACCUUGACUUUGAAGCCCAUCUUUGGCAGCAUGGGGCCACCUACUUCUGCUCCUUUGUCAAUGCCCUUCAAGCAGACAGCUACCACUGUAGCUGGUGGACUCCAUCCACCACUGCACCUGUCUUCACUGGCUUAGCCACUGCCCCCUCCACAGUGGCUUCUGCCACCACCGCUGGGACCUCCACAGAUGCUGCUUCAAAACUCUCAUUUAGCUUCAGGGUAAACAGCCUGGCCAGCACCACGAGAAGCUCCACCAGAACUAUGGCUUCCACCUCUCAGCCCUUUCUCUUUGGGGCUCCCCCUGCAUCUGCCACCAGCUUCCCUGGAGCCAUGGGCCCCAUACUCCAGUCCUGCCAGCCUCAGACCCUGCAGACCUCUGCAGCAGCCAGCCCCUUUGGCCAGCCUCUCUCCAGUGCCGCACAGAUGGCCACCACAGGGAGCAGCACUGUUGGCUUCAGUGGCUUCAGCUGCCCGAUUACCACCUCGGCCACUAACACCAUCAGCCAGUCGACCCUGACCUUCGGCAUCACCACUACCUCGGCCUUCCAUGUUCCCUUUGGCUGUGCCUCACAGCCAGCAUUUGGGGCCACGGGGAAGGUGCAGCAGCAGGAGGCCCCCAAGACAGCUGUUGCCGCAGGCUGGGGCAGCGCUUUCGCAUUUGGCAACUCUGCAGCCCUUGCUCCACCUGCAGGGCCUGCGCGGGCUCCGGAGGCCUUGGAUGGCUGUGCGCCUUCUGCAAUCCAUGAUGGGAAAGGCUCGGCCUCUGCGCUCCGUGCUGCUGCUCGCACCCAGCCCACCUUCAGUGGCACCACCGCGGCUUUCUCCUUACCGGCAGUCACCACCUCUGGUUUCGGGGCUGCCACCCAGGCCACCAGCACUGGCACCAGUACCUCCAAGCUUGGCGGCUCGACUCGGUCCCAUUUAGCCUUCGGGGGCUCAGCGGCCCCGCCUGGCAGUGGGGGCUCUAGAGUCCAUACAGCCACCCCAGGCACCAGUUCCAACCCUGGAUCACUCAGCUUCCGAGUUGGCCAGAGUGGAACCACAGGCGCCUCCACUUCCUUUGGUGGCUUGAGUCAGAGUGCCCUGGGUACACCAGGCCAGAGUGGAGCCUUUUCCUUUAAGGUGGCCACCACGCCUGGGCGCAAAGUUGUGUCAGGAGGCGCCUCCAUGCCCAGCACCCUUGCCCUGAGUGUGGGCCCAGCGGGCAGCAGCCUCUCGCUUGGAUCCUCGUCAACAGCCACCGACCGCGUGGUCAGAGCCAGGUCUUUGGGAUCGGUGGCCCCUUCAGUUCCCAUUGGUGCAGAACCCAAGACUCCAGUGGCUCGACAGCGACUGCAUGCCCAUAGGUAGCACACUCGCAAGAAAUAG